UUGAGGGACUGAUUGAUGUAUUGAAUAGUAACGUUGAGGGACUGAUUGAUGUAUUGAAUAGUAACGUUGAGGGACUGAUUGAUGUAUUGAAUAGUAACGUUGAGGGACUGAUUGAUGUAUUGAAUAGUACUGUUGAGGGACUGAUUGAUGUAUUGAAUAGUAACGUUGAGGGACUGAUUGAUGUAUUGAAUAGUAACGUUGAGGGACUGAUUGAUGUAUUGAAUAGUAACGUUGAGGGACUGAUUGAUGUAUUGAAUAGUAACGUUGAGGGACUGAUUGAUGUAUUGAAUAGUACUGUUGAGGGACUGAUUGAUGUAUUGAAUAGUAACGUUGAGGGACUGAUUGAUGUAUUGAAUAGUAACGUUGAGGGACUGAUUGAUGUAUUGAAUAGUACUGUUGAGGGACUGAUUGAUGUAUUGAAUAGUAACGUUGAGGGACUGAUUGAUGUAUUGAAUAGUACUGUUGAGGGACUGAUUGAUGUAUUGAAUAGUAACGUUGAGGGACUGAUUGAUGUAUUGAAUAGUAACGUUGAGGGACUGAUUGAUGUAUUGAAUAGUAACGUUGAGGGACUGAUUGAUGUAUUGAAUAGUCUGUUGAGGGACUGAUUGGUUUAUUGAAUAGUAACGUUGAGGGACUGAUUGAUGUAUUGAAUAGUAACGUUGAGGGACUGAUUGAUGUAUUGAAUAGUCUGUUGAGGGACUGAUUGGUUUAUUGAAUAGUAACGUUGAGGGAUUGAUUGAUUGAUUGAUUGAUUGAGUUAUCAGAAUAGGUUAGCGACUGAAAAGGUUAUCCCUGGCUUAGUCUGGGGAAUCGUGUUAGUUAAUGCCUAGGCACCAGGCUUUAGCUCAGAGGGUUGGAAGGGCCUAGAACUUCAGUCACACAAAAGACCCAGGUCUUAUAACCAGUCGGUUACAUGAGGACACUGACCGAUGGGGAAGAGAUAGAGCUAGCUUUGAAUGAAACUCACACCUUUCUAAAGCCAAGUGGUAUCUGCAGUUUUCUGUAUCAUACUCCAUGUUAAAUAAUGCAACUGAAGUGCCCUGCAUCCUCUCUAGUCCAUUUUUUGAUUACUUUGGUAUUCCUGUGCUCCAACAGAGCAAAAGUUUUACCCCUAAGCUUAGCCCCUUAAUCUCUAAGAAGUAAGAAGCUUACCUUUAUCCUGUAAUUGUCUUUGGAAAGACCUAUUUUAGAGAGUCAGAGAAUUGGUAAGAGCUUGGUAGCGUGGGUUUUUUGACAGGUACUCGUGGUAACAGUAGGAUGCAUUGCGGAAGCCAGCCGUCCAUCCAGCCAGAGAUAUAUAUAUAAUCCAGGGGAAUUUUCAUGAUUGAAUAUAUUAAUCUGAGCCUGGGAGAGAGGGGAGGGGUGGAAUAGGGUCAGCGGUGCGCCGUGGGCAGAGUUACUGUGAGUGGUCUUAGGGAAUAAUCAACAACACACCUUUUUAUUACAUCGCCAUGGAGGACCAUAGGAGUGACAGAGGACGCAAUAAGUACAGGAUUCAGGAUGAGGAUGGUUCUACCCCCCAGCAGGACCAGGGUCAGUCUCAGGCCUGUCCCCAGCACCCCUACCCCAGCCUGGAGGAGAGAGGCAGAGAGCGGGAGCUGCCAGGGAGCCACCACGGGACCCUCCGCAGCCACCAUGGAGGAGGAACCCUGGACGGGUACCACCACGGCAGGGGAGACAGAGAGGGCAGGGGGGAGGGACGGCCAGAGCUGGUCCAGGUAGCAGAGAAAAACCUGUCUCAGAUAGAGAACGUCCAUGGAUAUGUCUCCCAUGCACACAUCUCCCCUAUGAAGCAGCCAGAUGUGGUGGUCCUGCCCCCCGUACCCAUAAUCCCUGUGAUCCCCAUCCCAGCCGAGACCACUCCUGUCAUCUCUCCACCCUCCUCUCUGCCUGCACCCGCGUCACCCACGUCACAGGCAAACCCACCUCCUGUGGUGGUCAACACAGACAGCUUGGACAGCCCCCCAUACGCGAAUGGAUCUGAAGCAGAUUAUGAGUAUGAGGAGAUCACACUGGAACGGGGUAACUCUGGGUUGGGCUUCAGUAUUGCGGGGGGGACAGAUAACCCCCACAUCGGCGAAGACCCCAGUAUCUUCAUCACCAAGAUUAUCCCUGGGGGAGCUGCAGCUCAGGAUGAACGUCUCAGAGUGAAUGACUGCAUCCUGAGAGUGAACGAGGCUGACGUGAGGGAUGUGACCCACAGUAAGGCUGUGGAGGCCCUGAAGGAGGCCGGCUGCAUCGUCAGGCUCUACAUCCGCAGGAGAAAAGCCCUCUCGGAGAAGAUCCUGGAGCUCAAACUAGUCAAAGGUCCCAAAGGGCUAGGAUUCAGUAUUGCGGGGGGAGUAGGGAACCAGCACAUUCCAGGAGACAACAGCAUCUAUGUCACCAAGGUCAUCGAGGGAGGGGCUGCACACAAAGACCAGAGGCUGCAGAUAGGAGACAAACUAUUGGCUGUAAACAGCGCUUGCCUUGAGGAAGUGAGUCACGAGGAUGCCGUGGCAGCCUUGAAAAACACCCCUGAUGUGGUUUACUUGAAAGUGGCGAAACCCACCAGUGUCUUCAUGAACGACAGUUUCGCUCCCCCCGACAUCACCAACUCGUAUUCCCCUCACAUGGACAACCAUAUCAGCCCUUCCAACUACCUGAGCCGGCCCCAUACCCCUGCCACGCCUGGACGCUACUCGCCUGUCCCCAAGAGCAUGCUGGGAGACGACGAGGUUACAAGGGAGCCCAGGAAGGUGGUGUUACACCGUGGUUCUACAGGCCUGGGUUUUAACAUCGUAGGAGGAGAGGAUGGAGAAGGGAUCUUUAUCUCCUUCAUCCUGGCUGGUGGACCUGCUGACCUCUGUGGAGAGCUUCGCAAAGGAGACCGCAUCAUCUCAGUGAACGGGGUCGACCUGCGCAGUGCAACCCACGAGCAGGCUGCAGCAGCUCUGAAGAAUGCUGGACAGACGGUUACCAUCACAGGCCAGUACAGGCCAGAGGAGUACAGUCGGUUUGAAGCCAAAAUUCAUGAUCUACGUGAACAGAUGAUGAACAGCAGCAUCAGCAGUGGCUCUCUGCGGACCAGCCAGAAGAGAACGCUCUACGUCAGGGCUCUGUUUGACUAUGACAGGGCGAAGGACUCGGGGCUGCCCAGCCAGGGGCUCAACUUCCACUUUGGAGACAUCCUUCAUGUGGUGAAUGCCUCCGAUGACGAGUGGUGGCAGGCACGGCAGGUGACCCAUGAAGGAGAGGUGGAAGAGGUUGGAGUCAUCCCCAGCAGGAGGAGGGUCGAAAAAAAAGAGAGAGCGCGGUUAAAGACAGUCAAAUUCAACGCCCGGUCUCAAGACAAAGUGCAGUCAUUCAAUGACAAGCGUAAAAAGAACCUAUUUUCACGAAAGUUCCCUUUCUACAACAAGAGCAAGGAGCACAGCGAGCAGGAAACGAGCGAUGUUGACCAGCAUGUUACCUCUAACGCCAGUGAUAGUGAAAGUAGUUACCGUGGCCAAGAGGAAUACGUCCUGUCCUACGAGCCAGUCACACAGCAGGAAGUGAACUACACACGGCCUGUCAUCAUCCUGGGGCCAAUGAAAGACCGCAUCAAUGAUGACCUCAUCUCAGAGUUCCCCGACAAAUUUGGGUCCUGUGUCCCACACACGACCAGACCGAAGCGGGAUUACGAAGUGGAUGCCAGAGACUACCAUUUUGUGGUGUCCAGGGAGCAGAUGGAGAAAGACAUCCAGGACCACAAGUUCAUCGAGGCGGGCCAGUACAACAACCACCUGUAUGGAACCAGCGUCCAGUCUGUACGGGAGGUCGCUGAGAAGGGGAAGCAUUGCAUCCUGGAUGUUUCAGGCAACGCCAUCAAGCGAUUGCAAUCAACCAUGCUCUACCCCAUCGCUAUUUUCAUCAAGCCCAAGUCUGUGGAGAAUAUCCUGGAGAUGAAUAAGAGGCUAACAGAGGACCAGGGGAGGAAGACAUUUGACCGAGCCAUGAAGCUGGAGCAGGAGUUCACUGAGCACUUCACUGCUAUAGUCCAGGGGGACUCUCUGGAGGAGAUUUAUAACACGGUGAAGAGGCUCAUUGAGGAGCAGUCAGGACCCUUCAUCUGGGUGCCUGCCAAGGACAAGUUGUGAAGGAGGACAGAAGAGAUGACCUUUUUUUUUCUCGCCAUCCUCGUUUUCUUCUUUGAUUUUACGUCUAAUUUUAUGCCCUGAGCAUAGGACCCCCCCCCCGCCGCCGCCCUGCUCCCCACUGUCACACUGGCUGGUGUCGUUCCAUUAGUAUCUGGGGAUCUGUUCACGCAUAGACCCACAUACACACACACACAAUUCUUUAAUGCUUUCUCUAUCACACACACACACAUUCUCUCUCUCACUCUCUCUCUCUCUCUCUCUCUGGUGUUUUCUUGGGCUGUCCUUGUCUCUGGAUGUUUUUCCUGCUAAGGAGGUACGGGCUUUGGCGACCAGCAUCUUAUGGGGAGAUUUUUAUGGUACAAGUCCUUAAUGUUUAAGGAACAUGAUUUAGAUGCAUAUAUAUACAAAUAAUAAAUCAUUUCGUGUA